AAAAUCUUGACCCCCUCAAUGAAAGUCUAUGGGACUUUUUGUAGUUUUGAUCGUCAGAUUAACGAAAAUCGUAAGUCAGAUCAGAUAGAAAUGAUGCAGGUCUGAAGAUCUGACCCGAGUUUGGUGGUUGUAGCUUGAAAGCCCUUCAAGGAGAUGCUGUUAAAAAUGUAGUCUCAGAAGAAGAAGAAUAAGCUUGAAUAGUAGAUCAGUAUGUUGGCUUUGCCAAGCCAACAUAAUAAGUAGCUGUGUCUAAACUUUUGGUUGGUAUCUAUGAAACUAAAGCACUGAUCAAGGAUUCCUAGUGUCAAUUUAAUUAAUUCUUAUUUUUAUUUAAAUUUUAGGUUACACUUUAUUUCGACGGUCCACUUGAGACACUCUACUAACUACCAGUAACUUUGCAUCUACAUGUCAACUAACUCUUAAUAGGCUGUUCACACAGAACAUGUUUUUCCAUUACACUGCCCUACUUUCCCAUUGUUUCUCACCACAUUUAUUCUGUAAUUUAACAGAUAGCACUCAUUUUUAUGCAUCAUUCAGUUUUCACUUUAUGGUCAUCAGGCUAGACUCACAAAUGCUUCACAUCAUCAGAUUUCACACAGCCUCUCAUCCUGCAGUGAAAUACUUGGACUAAUACAAAAUGACCCCUGAAAAACAGAUGCAAGUAUUUGGGUGGGAGGGAGCAGUCGACUGCUGGCAAGCUCUUUAGGCAAUAUAUGACCGUAAGAUGAAGUCACAAACAUUGCGACUGGAGUCGACUCCCACUCAUCGGGCAGCACAGUCAAUGCUUUAUGUGAAGAAGUACCAGCUGGUGCCACGGUCUCAUAGUCCUCCAUACUUAUUUGUGUGCAUCAGAAACUAGGAAAUGGACACGCAAUUUAAGCGUAAAUCAACAACUACCAUCUUUGGCUGUGUUUUUGCAUUAUUCCUUCCCAAAAUCUGCUUUGCUGAGAAAAUUUGUACAGUCCCCUCAGAGCCUGUGACGAUUAAAGAGAACAACACCGUUGACACAGUCGUUGUCCAUAUUAACACAACAACAAAAGAUGUAACGCUGAAUCUCACAGAGAAUCCCGGAAACGCAUUUGAACUGAGAGGUUCAGAACUGAUAGCAAAGAAAGGCCUGGACUUUGAAACACUUUCAGGUCCUGAAGAGCUAACUGUCCAGGUCCGAUGUAAUAAAACUGGCUACAGAAGUAUCACUCUGAUUGUGGUUGUUCGUGUUGAGAAUAUCAAUGACAACCCUCCGUUGUUUGUCCAGAGCGAGUAUACACUUAACGUAAACGAGCUUACACCAGUUAAUACCAGCAUUGGCCUGAUUGAAGCAAUCGAUGAUGAUUCUGAGGUUCUGUAUUACUCUAUGGAACCAACUGUGAACAGAUACUUCAGACUUGAAACCAUGUAUACGCCAAACAUCCUUGUGAACAAGGUUUUAGAUUACGAUGUCGUCCAACAGGUGAAACUGAUCUUGUAUGCGCAGGACACUCCACUGCCGUCACAACCGGAGGAGCGCUCCUUCACAGCUACAGCAACCAUCACCGUCAAUAUUAAAGACAUCGAUAACCGUCCACCGUGGUUUCAACCAUGUACAAGAGUAACCAUUGGCAAUGCCAAAAUCUGCCUGAGCCUGGGCUACAAGGGCAGGGUGAACUUAACAGAGAAGCAGGACGGAGCCUUGCAGUUGCAGCCAGGUCCGGUGUAUGCCAGGGAUGGAGAUAAAAGCAGAAAUGAAGAGAUAAGCUAUAAAAUUGUUCGAGGAAAUGAAGACAACAUAUUUCAGAUCGAUGAGAACUCUGGAAACAUAUCCAUGCUGAAACCAGCAGAUAUAGCGGGUCCAAUAUCCCUCUUAGUGUUGGCUUCCCAGGUAUUAAACCGAGAUCAGUUUGCCACCACGUCAGUCACCAUUGAUGUAAUGAAAAAGAGCAGAAAUCCUCCGCGGUUCGAGAAAGAACGAUAUGAAGGGUACGUUUACAGUAAUUCAGGGCCUGAAAACAUGGUGCUACGGGACAGGACGUCCAACAGACCCUUCAGAGUCAGAGCGAGGGAUGAAGAUUUCGCAAGUGGAAUCAAUCCUGACAUAAGAUAUGAAGUGCAGUACAGCAGCUAUGUCAAUAUCACAACAGAUGGGUUUAUACUUCUGAAGAAAGCAGUUCGGACUGAUUCCUUUGCUUUGCAGCUCCGGGCGGUGGACGUGUCCACUGGUGAGUCAGGGACAGCUGCUCUCUCUGUGAUCGUAUUGCCAUCCGUGGGGGUCCAGUCGACCGACGAGGGCUACCGCGCAGGAGACAUGGCUCUGCUGGGCUUCGUAAUGGCCGCUUUACUGGUGCUCUGCCUCAUUGUGAUCGGCUAUCUGAUAUCCCGCGUCAAGAAGGGGAAUCAAGACGCGUUCAAGUUGUCAGAGUGUUUAGGGUCAUGCUUGAAGUUUACUCAGCCCCCUAACAGGCCAAGACCGAGAGAUAGCAUGCAGUUCACCAAUGAUGGUUUCUUGAAUGAAGGGGACACAGGGAGAUCCAGGUCCAGGCGAGCCGAACUGAGAGACAGGAGACUGGACGCGGUUCAAGCAGCGAGGGUGCGAGUGAUUCCUCGCGAGAGACCGAGGCACUGCAGCUCCUGUGGGCUCCAGACGCAUCCCAACCAUUCGCACCACAGUCCCGCCGUCCAAACCAAAGGGAAGGCCAGCAAGCACAGAGUAAAGUCCAUUCUGGCUAAAGAGAGGAGGAAGGAUGACGGACACAAGAGCGUGUGGUUCAAGGAGAGCGAGGAUUCGUCAGAUAUCGAGGUGGAGAUCAUCCCUGACACUAUAGGGCUGAAGCCUGAAGAGGACGUGGAGAGAGUCGACGGGGAGUUCGCUUCCCCUCCACCGGAAGACAGUGACAUGGAGCUGGGAGACUUGACAAUGUUGAAUAUACAGGACUUGAGUAGCAGGGAAAUUUCUGACAGCAGAGAUGGACUGAAUACAGACAGAAGAGAUCCGUGAGGAGCUCAUCAGAGACUGGAUUCAUUUUUUUCUUUCAGUUCGGCUGCGAUAAUGUCUUUGUAAAAAAUAAAACCCGGUUUAGCCUUGACUAAUGACAAAAUACUGACACAUUUAGUGACCGAUAUUUGUGAACCAUGAGCGUUAUGAUGUGCAUUUUUACAUUGUGUGAUUAUGCGUGCUAAACUAAAAUGCAAACGCGUGUUAAUAUGUCGAUAAUUCAAGAAAACAACACUUUAAUGUUGACUUGCUGCUCUAUUUAAUGUCAGCUGUGUUUGUGAAUAAUACAUUGUGGAAUACAGUGUUUUGUAUAAUUAUGUAAAUUAUUUCGUUAUUAUGGGGGGGGGGGGGGGUGCA